AUGUCUGCCAACUCUGGAAGCGGCGGAGUGCGAAACCUUCGGGCCAUGUUCGAGAAUAAGGCCAGCGAUCAGUCAACGUCUCCCCCAAGCCGAGGCCGAUCUCCGAACCCUUCAGAACUCUCCAACAAUAGUAGGCCUGUCAGUAAAGUUCGGGCAAGCUUCGUCGCAGUCGAAAAAACCGGUGACAACGGAGGUGCACCCAUUCUCGGCCUUCGAAGGAUAAACAGUGCAGUGAGCAGCCAAGGCGAACUCAAGGAGAGUCAUACAAUGGGCGGCGGCAAUGAAGACCAUCCCCUGGCCAAGACACAGCCGCCGGUGAAAGUACAGACGGCAUCAAAGCCUGAACAUGCACACUCUACAGACAACGCCAUGGAAGGUGGUUUGGGAACUAUUUUGAAAGGCUCCGCUUUUGUUGAUAGCACGCCCCCAAAGGAUACUUCAGAGGCGAGGAAGUUCGGUGAGGCUCUGUCUUCCGGAUUGCUACGGGAAAAGCUCUCCAAAUCACCGUCGAAACCGAACGAUGAGACAAAGGCUGCGGAGAUUGUUCAGAAGAUGGAAGCUGCUAAGGCAAGCCUGCAAGGACCUCCACCCACCACCACCCUUCAGACGACGAAAAGCGCCCAGCCAGUCAAGGCUCCUCCUACAAGACAGGCCAUGACGAAACCUGCUCCCAAAUCUCCUGUCACCUCCAGACCUUCGCCCCAAUCGCAGACCUCGCCAACGGCACAUCUCAGAGGAGGUCCAGCAAAGAUUAGAGGUGUCAUGGAAUCGGCAAAAGCGGCGCAGAGAGCCAGAGACGCAGCCAAGCAGGAUGCUUCCGAAGGAGACAGGAGACAGUCAAGCGCUCAAAAGUUAGAUACGCGAUCCCAGCCCAAGCCGGCAACAGAAAGUGCGAAGAAAGAACGGACUCCAACAUCACCCAAGGCUGCCAGAAGACAGGAGACUGUGAAACCCAAGUCACCAACCAGACCAACGAAGCUUCCUCCUGUCGUAAUCGCAUCCACAGCAGCGUCCAGUGCCAAACUCGAAGCACUCCGCUCACCCACCGAGCCCAACUCCCGUAAAUCUGUCGCCAAAAAGCCAUCCUCCACAUCGGUACGACCUCCUCGAGCGAGCACGUCAUCCACUACAUCUACAUUGGCGAAGAAAACAUCACAUGCCUCUUUAUCAAAUGGUCAUGACAGACCCAAAUCUCGGGUUAGCAUUAGCAAACCCGAUGACGGGUUCUUAGCACGAAUGAUGAGGCCUACCGCAAGCAGUGCUCGGAAAGUCCACGAGAAGAUCCAAACCAACAGUCCACCCAGACCAAAGGCCGCAGCGUCUCACAAGCCCAAAGAUGCUGCGAAACACCAAACACCGCCGAAGAUGCACCUGCCACCGUCCAAAGAUCAUCAGGACGAGAAUAAAGAGAACGAUCCCGGCAGUGAUCGAGGCACAUUGCCCGACGUGGCAGCCGCCUCUCCCCCGGUAAAAGUCAAGGAAGAUCCGACGCAUGCCGAUGCUGAUAAGGAAGGCUGUUCUUCACAACCGACAGAACCGAUAGAAGAGCUGAAUGGAGAAGCAGCAGCGGUUUAA